CAAGUACUGAGACACAGGUGCACGAAUGAUGAAAUCUUAUCUUUCACCCAGGUGCUCGAUAUCUUCCUUCAUUUACUUGAAUGCGUUUCAGUAUAUAUAAAGGAGUCUAACAGGUAGAAAACACAUCAAGUACAACAGUCUUCCCACAAAGUGGUCAAGAUGAAGCUACUACCGGUACUGUUCACAACGCUCCUUGCGUUCGCGACAGCGAACUCUCAUUACCAAUCACCAAAUUCAAGAUUCCACUAUGUUGCCAUGUUACAAGCGAAAAACUUCGUCUCUGAUGAACUGUCCAAAGACAUUCACGACUUCCUGAACCUGGUGGACGAGAACAAAAUAAUGAACAUCGUUAUGUCCUACCUGGAAGACGACGAAGUGCAGAGGGCAAUCAAAUACAUGUACAGCGAGGAAUUCCACGAUUUGGUCCGCAAAGUCGAAGCUAUGCCAGAAUAUCAAGAUUUGGUGAGGUACAUGGAAAACUCUGGCUUGGACAUGACCAAAGUGAUCAGCAAAAUCCACAAAUUAUUCGGUAUGGAAGACUACGUACCACCCAUGGAAUUCUCAUCGAUGAAUAUCUUGUCAAACCUUGGUGGAUUGAAAGCUCUGUUCAACGCUGUAGAGAAUAAUGCCCUCCCUUUGGACAAAUUUACGGCCAUGUACAAUGAAAAGAUGCACACCUCCCCUGCUUUCCAGAACUUCAUGCAAAGACUGCACUCCGACGAAUUCCAGAGAAUCGUCAACACAGUUUACCAAUCACCAAUCUUCCUGGAAAUGAGACAGAAGGUCAUCAACGACGGAGUGGACCUUGUUCCUAUCAGGGAUUUCAUCGAAAAGGUGCUUGGCAUUCAUCUUCCCAGAGUCAACUCCCGUGCCAUGUUCUGAGCAAAGUUCUUUUACAUUUGCAUUUGAAAUUCGAUGUUGUGGCUAAUUUAAAAUUGUAAAAAAAUUGUAGUAAUUUAAUUUGUAUUAAAUUUCGCAAGCUUA